CUUCUUCUCUUCCUCUUCUUCUUCUUCUUCUUCUUCUAUUACUAUUCUUAUUGUUAUAUCCUUAUACUCUCAUCAACAUGUCCACCCGCCGCUCGAAAUCCCGUCCGCCAAAAGUGUUCCAAUGCUCCGGCCACGGCGACUGCAAGAUGACCUUCACCCGCUCCGAGCAUCUCGCUCGCCAUAUCCGCAAACACACCGGCGAGCGUCCGUUCAGGUGUCAUUGCAAUCGUGCGUUCUCGCGGCUGGACAAUCUCAGACAGCACGCGCAGACUGUGCAUGCGAACGAGGGGGGGAGUGGGAAGGUGGAGGUUAGCAAUGAGACUGCCAGCAGCUCUUCUAUCAACAACACCUCCACUUCGAACAACAACAACAACAACAACAACAACAACACUUCCUCCUCUACAGCAACAGUCUCCUCCAUCGCGGACAUCCCCUCCUCCCACUUCCUCGCUGCCCCCCUCUCCGCCCCCCUCCCCUUCGACUACGACCACCGCUACUCCUCCCCCUCCACCACCGACCCCCAUCCCCACCCACCCCCCUCCUCCUUCGCUUUCGCUGCUCCUCCCCCCCGUUUCCGCCCGAACCAGCACCGUCCCGCCCAGCUCGCGCUUCUCCCGCUCCCCUCAGCGCCCUGCCCCUCCUCCUCCUCGCCCCCGAUAUCCCCCGCCAUGUCCUCCUUCCUCCACACCCCCUCCCUCACCCCGACAUCGCCGCUCUUCGCCCUGCCCUCCCCUGUCCCUCGCUCGUCGGCUGCCUCCGCCGCUCGCUCCUACGCAUCCCCCGUCUCGCCCGCCUACGAAGAAGCCGCCUCCACCGCCCCGACCUCGGCCUCCACACCUGGCCAACUGCCCCCGCUGCACUACCCUUCCUCCGGCGUGCCUUUCCGCCGCCCGCAAACCCCUCUGCUACACCACUACCAGCAGCAGCAGUACCAGUAUCUGUCUUCACAGGCUCUUCAUCUCCCUCCUCAGCAGCCGAUGCUAAAUCAAUAUCCCCAGCGUGUGCCGAGACGCAACUCCUUCCCCGAGAUCGACUCGAGCUUGGUCUUGCCCCCGCUGAGGUUUGCCGACGACCAGCUGCAGCAGCAACAACACGUUCAGAUCGAGCAGCAGGUGCAGAUCGAGCAGCAGCAGCAGCAGCAGCAGCAGCAGCAGCCUUCUACUCCUACUAACGGGCAGUUGAAGAACAUGAAUGCCUUGCUCGAAGCUGCCAGUAUGUCGGGGAUGGCCUGAUCCUCUCUUAGCCCUAGUCUUCUCCA